AUGUCUCUUACUAAUCUUCAAAAUCUCGCCUUGAAUAUUUUAAAAGAAACAAAACAUAACAUAGUACAAGAUAUCGUUAUUACAGAAUUGCCACCAUGUAAACUAUAUGAAAACAAAAUAUUAUCUGUUAAUUUCGAAUCAUUUACAAUACUUUCAUACCCCCCACUUCAUGAGACAGAAGGUGGUCACAAUAAUAAUCCAAUAUUAAUUGAAAAUGAAACACAUAAAAAGCAUCAUCAAGAAGCAUCCGAAAUUUUUAACUUUGCCGGCUUUAAGGAUACAAAGAUUGAUAACAAUCCUAUUAUCGAUCUUAUACUUCAGCAUAACCUAAAUUGUGUUGCACAUAACGAUCCAAUACGAUCUGGUCAUCUUUUUGCAACCUUUCCACACCCAUUAUUAUAUAACAAAAAUCCCGAUAAGUUUGAUGCAAUCAUAAACCGGAAUGAUCGUCAGUUUGGAAAACUAGCCCAUCCAUUAUCAAGGAAGAUGGCAGAAUGGUUUUUCGAGAUUUAUAAACGAUCAGAUUUUACUUCUCACCAUUUCGAAAGGCCAGAGUUUCUGACAUCUAAGGAGGGGCAUUUGGCGGUGCAAAUUGCACAAUUAUCCGUGAAUCAUUAUCAAAAAACGGGUAUGAAUUCUCAAUCAGUAAAUUCUGAAGCUACCUGGGUAAAUUUCGUGGAAACCCUGCUAAAAGGUAUUAUUAAUCGCAUUAAAAAUCUGACCGAUGCAGAAAAGCUACAAAGGGAGAUUAAAUUGGCGCACGAUUCUCUUUUGAGAGACAUACAAAGCAAAUAUUCAGCUCGGAUUUCGAAAGAAGUCGCUAAAAAAAUAUUUGAAAUUCCAUUCAUCACAUCUCAAAUAACUGGUGAAUAUUUUGAAAAUCGAACGCUUCAUCCAAUAUUGACAACGUGGGAAUUAUGCCGGUUCCGUAUUGAUUUUCACAAGUUAGAAAGGAUAAACGAUAUUCAGAAAAUUUUUUCGGGAAUAUUCGUAUUGCAGGAAUUGUUUGAAAAAAUAGAUACGAGUUGGAAUGAACUUUUUAUAUUUUUGGCUGAUGCUCCUCAGCUACUACCAAAAAAACGCUACAAUUUGUCAACAGGAAUCAUCCCAUUUUAUCAUUAUGCUCUGGGAGAAUAUGACUCUCUUGA